CCACGGUCAUGCGUUGCUCGUUUCCCAAUUUCUUAAUGCCAAUUAUUUAACGCCAAUGAUAUAAAUAAUUUCUGUUUUAGACAUAAUUAAUCUGGGUUCAAGAGAAUUGGCAUGCGUAAACCAAGGAUCGAGAUGGGAAAGACCUGGUUGCAUGUUUAAUGUGUCGCCCCUUCUCCGCGGCGCUUAUCGGUGGCCAGCCAAUCCUCUCGUCUUCAUCGAUCGGAAUUCCGUCGAUGCCUCUUCCUCAACGCUGGUUUUGUUGAAAUUGAUGCGACUCCUUAGCUUUGACACGGAUGUGUGCGAUUACUUGAAUCCUCUAAGCUGUCCUUGGAUCACAUGCAUCAUGAAGGGUUGGGUGAUUUGUCAGCUUGUUAAGUUGGUGAUAUUUUACAGGGAUGAUGAGGUUCAUCGUUUGGACAGGUUUAUCAAGGAGGGCAGCACUGUAAGCACAAUUGAAGUUGUAUCUCCAUCAGAACCAACUUCUACAGAGUGCUAUAGUGAUCCCAGUGCAUGAAACCUGAAAGCGCUGAAGGAAUAUUGUUGAAAUACGAACACACUGAAAGAAUGACAUCAUGCAUUGGCAGGCGCAGCACUGGCUGCAUUGCUAGCAGGCUUAUGCCACUUCCAGGAUUUGUUUGUUGGCCGUUGGCAAUACCUACUUUCUGAAAGACAAGAAUGAUUUUGGAUGGAUUUACUUUGGAGACCUUUUUCUCGACUCUUAUUGGUGAUCAUCCAUUGUUUACCCCUGUUUUUAUUGAGGAAAAUACUAAAGAUCACCUGGCAGAUGACACUCAGUUCACCAGGCCAAUGUGGAAUCCGCUGACUGGUUGAACAGCAUCUGGGGCCCAACUGACACCACCUACCCCCAUGCUCCCCUCCUCAUGUAUCGCACCAAUCUCUAACUACCACAUCAGCCCGGUGAAUUGAGCAGUCCUCUGGCAGGUGAUUGGUAGCAGUACUCUUCUUAUAAAGGCCUGGAAGUCCUUACGCAACAAGGACGGCUUGAUUAUUACAGCAGAGGAAAAUAUUUAAUUUUGUUUGGAAGACUCUGAUGUCGGCAUAUGCUGAGCUAUUGUCAACAUUGAGUUUGGCAGAGAUGAAGUCAUGGCUUGCUUGGGAAUUUUGCUGAUCUCUAUGGUCCUUUGAUCAACAAUAUUUGUUGAUGGUUCUGACCUCUCAUUGUCCCUUAAUGACAUCUGCAGCAGGCAAAUAAUUAUUCCUUCAUCAAGUAAACUUUCAGAUUGUUUUAUUGGAGAAAUUGUUUUGUGUAUUUAAUCUAUUGUAAAAUUACCAAUCGAUAAGCUUGAUAAAUGUGUUCUAUUAUCUCCUAAGAAUAGGAUGAA